GCUGAGCUCAGGUGGACAUCUUCGAUUGCUCGCUCUCGAUCAUGUGCGUGCACGGUGCGCAAGUGCGGUCUCAACAGCUUGAGUACUUGUACUUGACCUGAGCCUCUCCUGCCGUUGCUUCUCAUUUCCUCAAGCCGCCAUGGUGUUGUUGAGCAGCCUCAUGCACCAAGCGCCGGCGCAAUGCGCGGUUGCAUGUUGGGUAGGCAUGUGCAACUGCUCGCAUUGGGGCCAAUGGUCCGGUCAAUCAGGAGACGGCCGCAGGCCUCAAAUUUGACAACCAUUACACUGCCUGGUUGAGAGCGCGCACAGGCCUGUUCGAAGGAUUUCCAUCCCUCAUUUGGGAUUUGAGGUUUGCACGAUACGUCACUUAUCGUGGGUUAUCAAAACCCAGCUUAGGUCCGCCCCACCAACGCUUGCUUGCCACAACCCCUCCACUUCGUCCUCCAAAAAUCACCUUACCCAUUCCACGCGCCGCCAACAUGGGAAAGCCACCGAACCUAUACGCCUUCAAGAACGUCGAUGAGCUCGCUCCGAGCCUGCGCGCAUAUGUGCUCGAUGCGCAAAACACCGCGAUCGAGCGUCACAACGUUUUCCGUGUCGCAGUUUCUGGAGGCUCUUUACCCAAGACCCUUGCGCAAGCGCUGUUGAAGGAGACAAAUGGCGAGGGGAAGCCUCAGUUCGACAAGUGGGAAAUCUUCUACGCCGACGAGCGCGCCGUGCCCCUCGACCACGAAGACAGCAACCACAGGCUUGUGAAGGAAGAGCUUUUGGACAAAAUCCCGGCUGAGCAGGGCACGCCCAAGGUCUACCCCAUCGAUACCAAGUACCUUGACGACGUUCAAGAAUUAGCCGACCAGUACGAGAAGACACUUGUUAGCGUCUUUGCUGCACGAGACAGUGUCAAGCUGCCCCUCUUCGAUCUGCUUCUGCUCGGUUGCGGGCCGGAUGGCCACACCUGCAGCUUGUUCCCAGGCUCUGACCUCCUGCGGGAGGAAGACGCUUGGGUUCUGUACAUCUCCGAUUCUCCGAAACCCCCGCCCAAACGGAUCACAAUCUCCCUCCCUGUUGCGCAAGCUGGACUCAAGAUCGCCUUUGUAGCGACAGGCGCUGGCAAGAAAGACAUCAUGAAACAAAUCUUUGACUCUGAUGAGGGACACCAGCUGCCGUGCGGUUUGGUCAACCACAAGGGCGAAGGGCGAGUCAGCUGGUUCGUUGACUACCCCGCCAUUGAGGGCGUAGCGUUCCCAGCUCGCCGUGGCAGCCUUUAGAUUGCGGAGCAUGUCAGUCGUGCAUGUCGCUGGGUUUCUUUGGGUUGAGAUUGGAAGGUCGUUCACUCUGCAUGCUGUGAGCCUACGAUUAGGUACUUUCAGAGCUUUCGUUUGUGCUUUCGCGAUGUAGACCCACCACGGCGUGGAAGGAUCACCUCUCGAAGUAAGCAUUGGGCCAAUCGCUCACAGGUUAGACACGAAUAGAUCACGAAAUUU